GCCUGAUUCGUAUCACAUAGUUAUAACUAUCGCAGGCGUAGUAGCGAAAUUGAAGUCUUGUAGCAAUUAAUUUAAUUCUUAUCGAAAUGGCUCGUACAAAGCAGACCGCCAGGAAAAGUACUGGUGGUAAAGCACCCAGAAAACAGCUCGCAACGAAAGCCGCUCGCAAAAGUGCACCCGCCACUGGUGGAGUCAAGAAACCUCAUCGCUACAGGCCAGGAACUGUUGCUUUGCGUGAAAUUCGCAGAUAUCAGAAAUCCACCGAGCUACUAAUUCGAAAGUUGCCAUUUCAGAGACUGGUUCGAGAGAUUGCUCAAGAUUGUAAGACGGACCUAAGAUUUCAGAGUUCCGCCGUUAUGGCAUUGCAAGAAGCAUGUGAAGCCUAUUUGGUUUCGUUGUUUGAAGACACAAAUUUGUGCGCUAUACAUGCCAAAAGAGUCACCAUCAUGCCAAAAGACAUCCAAUUGGCACGACGAAUUCGAGGAGAGCGUUCGUAAGUUUACCUCCUUGAUACACUGCAACAGUAAACUAUUUUUAUUUUUAUGGAUUGUGUAAAUAUGAGCAACAAAAAAAACUUAGUUUAGUCGUUUGUAAUGCUUGCAUACUACAGUACUUUUUGAUUGUAAAUAUGAUUUGAUUUUUAUGACUGUAAAUGUAUUGCUGACAAUAAUACUUUAUUAAAAGUUCUUUGAAAAUUUUUAAA